AUGGCAGUGGUUGCCUGCCCCGCCUUCCUUCCGUGCUUCCCGCUUCUGCUGCUGCAGUCCGGCUGGUCCGGGUCAGGGCAGGACGAACCACACUCUUGGGCCCUAGGCACAACCCAACCCAAAACCAUGGCCACCACCCUCAGUCCCUGGAGCCUCCUCCUCAUCAUCCUCUGUUUUAUCCUCCCUGGCAUCUGAAGAGAGUCCUUCAGAGUGACAGGUACUGUGGGCAAUAUUGGGAGGGGAGCAAGGAGCAGGUGGAUGAGGUGGAAGGAUGCAGAAGGAGAAUACCCAGAGUCCCACAUCUCCCCAUGGCAGGAACCUUCUCAUCCUGACAUGAG